AAAAAACACAGAUGGGUCAUCGUUCCAUUCGAUCUCAUAUUCAAAUGGUUUUUCUUCCUCUCCUUUGUUUCAGGAGAGGAUCGAAUUUCAUUUGGCGAGGAAGCCUUUUAAUGGGUUCAGUAAUGGCGGUAAUGAUUUCAAGCUCAAGACUUUGAAUCCGAUGAGGUUGGUGGAAGCUCACCAGAGUUCAGAUGAGUGGAACCCAUCUGAGAAGAGGUCUGAUGGCCAGAGUCUACGGAGAAUGGUUUGGAUUUAGAGCUUCGUUCCGGGAUUACUUUCAAGAGAAUUGGUGCUGGUUUGGAAAAUCUUGGAAAUACUUGUUUUCUCAAUUCAGUGUUACAAUGUCUGACAUAUACUGAGCCUUUAGCAGCAUAUUUACACAGCGGGAAGCACCAAACGGCUUGUGAGUCUCUCUCUCUCUCUCUCCCCCCUCUCUUCUUCUUCUCUCUUCUUGCAACCCCAUGGUACAUGACACCCACCCCUUGCCUACGUGAUACCAAAAGUUGCAGUAAAGUGUAUUAUAGUGGAACUGAAAUAAGAUAAGAAAUACGUGACAGAAGAACCUAAACUCGGAAGAUGUGGGAUCUAAUCUCACAAAAGUUGAUAAAUUGUCUGUUUGGUGCAGUUAUCUUUUAUUGAAGUGCUUUCUUACUGGAGCAGCAAGAAAAGUGUAACUCAUGAAUGAAAGGGGUCGAUUGGUCCAUUACAAAUAGAACUAAAAAGUGUUCGACCUAAAAUGGUAAAAGAAGUUCCAAAGUGUUAAACUUGAGCUUUGACCUAAACUGUUGUUGCUCCCAAAGCUUUACCUUAAAAAAAUUGAUUUCCUAGUGUCGCCAAAUAGUCCCUCGGGAAAAGUUUUUGAAUUGGAACCCCUUUUCUAAAAAGGGGCCACCGGGCAAUGAUAAAAAUUCUGUUGUACAACUGUGAGGGUUGUAGUUUUAAAUAUGAAGGCAGCCACUUUGUGUAAAUAAAGCCAGACAGUUUGGUCUCCUAGAAACCCCAUUUAAUAGGCACCAAAUUGAGUAAUGACCUUUAAAUUGCUUUUAGCACAUUGCAACUUACCCUCAAAUGGUCCCCAGGUAUGAGAACUCAAUCAUAAAUUGAACCCAGUCUUUAUUGGUGCGAUUGGGAAUGGGCUGAAGUUCUCUAUUGGCUAAGUUUUAGACAUGCUAUGCACAUUUAAAAGUAUGAGGCAUACCACACAAUUGUCCUUCCUCUCCACGAGUUGAAGUAGCUUCUUAAUGUGCUAUCUCAAAUGCCUCUUUUUUAGUGUUCGGCUGUAUGAUAGUUCAAAUUAGACCUCAAAUUUGUUCCCAAUAUGCCUAGUGUGGGCUUUUUGUGUUUGUAGGCAAUCCAAGUUUUCAGCUUCCUUUUUGUCGAAAUUAAAUAAAACAUGUAUUUCCUUGCAGGCACAUAUAUCUAAUACUAGGGGUAACCCGUGCCUGAAGACCAUCCUGCUGGAUUUUGUGCCUUAUGUGCCAUCCAAAGACAUGUAAUCCGUGCUCUACAAUCAACUGGGAGAAUACUGGCACCAAAGGAUCUUGUAUCAAACUUGCGGUGUAUCCUAUUGCUGUUUUAGGCAUCUCUCGGAGCUUCCGAAAUGCCAGACAGGAGGAUGCCCACGAAUAUAUGGUAAAUUUGUUGGAGUCAAUGCACAAAUGCUGUUUACCUUCAGGAGUGCCAAGUGAAUCACCAAGUGCCUAUGACAAAAGUUUGGUCCAUAAGAUUUUUGGUGGUCGCCUCCGCAGUCAGGUGAAAUGCAUGCAGUGUUUCUUCUGCUCAAACAAGUUUGAUCCAUUCUUAGAUUUAAGUCUUGAAAUUCUGAAGGCAGAAUCCUUGCAUAAGGCACUUGCACAUUUCACUGCCAAAGAGCAGUUAGAUGGAGGUGCGAGGCAGUACCAGUGCCAGCAGUGCAAACAGAAAGUGAAGGCUCUCAAACAGCUUACCAUUCGUACGGCACCCAAUGUCCUUACCAUCCACCUAAAACGGUUUGGUUCACAUAUAACAGGACAAAAGAUCAACAAACGAAUCCAGUUUGGCCCCACAUUGGACUUAAAGCCUUUUGCCAUUGGUCCCUAUGAUGCAGAUUUGAAGUACACUCUUUAUGGUGUCCUGGUUCAUGCGGGUUGGAGCACCCAUUCUGGUCACUACUAUUGCUUUGUUCGUACAUCAAGUGGCAUGUGGUACUCCCUUGAUGACAAUCGGGUUGUGCUAGUAAAUGAGAGGAAGGUUUUGGAGCAGAAGGCCUACAUGUUGUUCUAUUGUCGAGAUAGAAGAACAUCUGCUUCGAAGAAGCCUAGUGAUGUUGUUCAGAAACAGAGCAUGGCCCUAAAUGCUAUGGGAAAUAAACCAUCUUUUAGUUGCAACCAUGGAUUAAAGGAAACUGUUCAAAAUGGUCCAAUUGAGUAUACAUUGAAUGGCCUGAACUCUUCUGCAGUUCAGAGAGGUCUAUUAAAUGCUGGUGCAUCAAAGGAGAAUGCAAGGAAAGUAAAUUCUUCUGAGAAAAACAAUGGGCCGACAAUGGCUGAGUGCUCAACGCAGUACAGUGACACUUUGUUAUAG